AUGGACAAUUCAAUUAUUCUAGUCACUGGUUCUAAUACUGGCCUGGGAUUGGAGAUUGUUCGUGCCCUAUUCCGGUCACUCAAAGCGUAUACAGUAUUACUUGGAAGUCGCAGUGAAGCCAACGCGAAGUCGGUUGUUCAUCAGCUCCAGGCUGAGUUCCCAAAUAGUGAGACAAUAGUGUCAUCCGUGCAGGUGGAUCUGGAGGACGAUGAAUCAAUCCAGAAGGCCUUCAAUUAUGUGAGCCGACGAUUUGGCCGGGUCGACCAAGGGUGGCCCAAAGCGACGGGAUCAAUUACUGCUUAUCGUGCUAGCAAGACCGGAAUGAAUAUGAUGAUGCGAGGAUGGACUCGCAUCUUAAAGCAUGAUGGUGUGAAGACUUUUUGUGUCUCUCCAGGCUUUUUGGCCACGGGGCUCGGAGGUAAUCAAGAACGGAACCGGGAGAUGGGCGCCAUUGACCCCGCUAUUGGGGCGGAGUUUAUUAGAGAGGUGGUCGAGGGAUUUCGCGACAAGGAUGAAGGGAUGGUAGUCCGACGGGAUGGGAUUCAGCCAUGGUGA